AUGUGGACUGUAGUUAUAUUCGUUGAGGAGAAUUCAAUUGAGACUGUUCCUCUAAAAUGGCUCAUAGGAACUGAAGAAAAUUUGAGCUAUUGGCCAGCAGUGAAGGGUAUAAAGUUAAAUUCUAUGAUUGUCAACUGUGCAGAACCAACGAGAGAUUGGGAAAUUUUCGAAAUAAGGUUUCCUAAUAAUAACAAAAAAACAUAUGAAAAUUUUCUCAAGGCUCGGAUGGCUUGUAGUAGGAUGGCUGAAGAUUCAGAUGUUCUUUCUGAAGGAGAUUCGCUCAAGAGAUCAAGAAAACCAAAAAAAAUUUAUAGCAGUGACGAGGAGGAAGGUUGUUCACAAAGUCGAUUACCACAUCCACCAGCUCUACCUGACAAAUCUUUCGUAUCACCAUCGACAAGUAAAUCAGUAGUGACACAAAAUUCAAUGAUUGAUAAAGACAUUUCCUUACCAAGAAGCAAUUCAAAAGUCAAUAUAAUUGCUUUCGUGCCACCAUUAAAAAGCUCUUGCUCAGGGCUUGAUGUUCAUGUUGAUGAUGAUGUAGACAUUUCAUGUCCAUCAACAACAAGUAGUAUGUGUAGUGUUGAAAUAAUUGAUCAUUUGUCAGAUGUGGACUCAAUCAGUAUGGAUAACAUGGGUAAAGAAAACUCAGAGUCGACUCCAUCAAUAUGUAGAACAGUUAAACAAGUGCAUGGAACACCAAAAAAUGUGAACCACAAACAACUUAAUCAGUCUGAUAACCGCAUACUACGGCAGUUAGUUGUAUUGAAUCACAAAGUUGAUAUGCUAUCCUCAGACAUAACAAAAAUAUUAGAAAAAAUGACCACGGAUAACACAUUAAUACCUGAUGAAGAUGUGGAAAUGGAAAAUUAUUUCCCAAUAAAAACUGAUGAGGAACUCAAUAAUUUUGAACUAUAUUUAUUCAAUGAUAGAAAUCACCAAAAAUUUACUCAGUAUGUCACCAAGUUGGGAGGUUCAACUUUAUCUGAAGCUGUUAGAAGAGCAAUGGAGAGGACAGUUAAAGAUGAACUCAUCCAGCAAUUCAGUUGGAUGGGUCAAAAACAGAAAAACAAAUUUGGUGAUUUAAAAAUUGCCCAAGCAAUGAAAGGUAAUGCAAUUUUCUGAUCUUAACAUGUUAAUUGAUGUUUGAAAAAUAUUCAGAUGGAAUCAAGAGGAACGUAAU